AUGACACUAAAAACAUACCACGACUUAAGUUGUGACUUUGAAGAUAUUCGAAAAUUAGUCGUUGCCGUUGAAGAAUUUGGUGAUGAAAUAGAAAUCCAGGAUGUUAUACAAUUUAAAAAUUUAGUAGAUUGCGUAAUCGAAGAAAUACUUGGAUCUGCACAUCCUGAAUAUUUUGUAGAAAGUUUUGAAGAAGGUAAAGGUACUAUUUGUUGUGAUGAAAAAGACGCAAACAAAAUAUGGGCUUGUUUGUCACUUGCUGGAUAUAGAAUGGGUCAAAGAGUUUCCAUUCAUUUUAAUAAGAUUUUAAAACCAGAAAAAAAGAAAAUGAAAGAUGAUGAAAUGAAAAUAUAG